AUGCGGAUUUCGGUUGCACUAGGCGUGGUGGUGGCCUGUGCGUUGGCGGCAGCGGGGAGCGGCGGAAAUGCGACGCAGCCAAACCGCGUCCUCUUCCUGCCCAUCUCCUCCAAGAGCCACAAGAACCUCUACUUGGGGGUGGCCGAAGCGCUGGCCGAUCGCGGGAGUCAGGUAACAUUGGUAUCCCCGUUCCGGCCAUCAAAGACUCGAGAAAACGUCCGUGAAAUCCUGGUGCCUGGGAUCAGCAUUCAUGAUUACAUCCCCAACUUGUUUAAGGGCAAGACUUCAGGACCAAUGGCUUUAUUGUCGGCCGCUCCUGCGCUUUGUUCGGAGGCGCUUGGGAAGGAGGAAGUACAAGAUCUCUUGAAGGAGAAGUUUGACGUUGUCCUGCUUAGCGUAUUCUUUAGCCAGUGUUUCCUGUCGAUUGUCCAUAAGAUGCAGGUCCCCUUCAUCUGGGUGUCCCCCGCCGGGCCCACGGGCGUGACCGAGCACAUGAUAGGAAACCCGUCGUUCCCUUCCUUCUCCGGCUUCGUUCUCCUGGAGGCGAAGCAUCCGCUCUCCUUCACCGAGCGAGCCCUCAGCGCCUUCGGAGAGGCCUUCUCCUCCGCCAUUAUGAAUCAUUUUAUUGUCUCUUGGAUGGAUGACGUCUGCCGCAGUCGAGGCUUGUGCCCCGACGACAUGCCGAGUCUGAAGGAGAUGCAGUUCGGGGCCAGCCUCUUUAUCCAAAACCACGUGAGAACCUUGGACAACCCCCCACGACCUCUCAUUCCGAAUGUCAUCGCUGUUGGCGGGAUCCACUGCCGGCCCGCUCAGCCCCUUCCUCGGGACCUGGAGGAAUGGGUUCAAGGAGCUGGCGAAGAAGGUUUUAUCUUCUUCAGUCUUGGAUCUGCUGUCAUACCAUCGGAUAUGCCUGAGGAGUACCGCCAGAUCUUAGUGAAGGUGUUUGGGUCCCUGAAGCAGCGCGUGUUGUGGAAGUGGGACCGGGACGACAUGCCCGACCUUCCCCCCAACGUCCGGCUCGGGAAGUGGCUCCCGCAGCAAGACAUUCUAGGCCAUAAGUCCCUCCGCCUCUUCAUAACACACGGCGGACAACUGAGCACAAUGGAAUCCACGUACCACGGCAUCCCGGUGCUUGGUUUACCUGUGAUGGGGGACCAGCAAACCAACAUGAUUCAGGUGGCAAUGGAGGGCUGGGGCAAAGUCCUCUUUUGGGACCAGCUGUCUGAGGUCGUCUUGGCGGAAGGGAUUCGCUCGGUCAUGGACGAUCGAAGCAUGAGAGAAGAAGCAAAGCGGCGCUCUCGGGUGAUGAAGGAUCAGCCUCAGCCCGCGGGGGAUGUCGCAUCGUACUGGGUGAACUACGUCAUCAGGCACAAGGGAGCACCUCACCUGCGGUCACCCGUGGUCACCAUGGCGUGGUACCAGGUUUAUAACGUCGAUGUGUGGAUGACAACGGCGGCAGUAGCGCUCUUGAUCACGUACCUCCUCCUAAAGCUCCUCGCUGCAGGGUGCGCGAGACUCUGCUCCUCCAAAGGCAAGCGAAAGCGUGAUUAAAAGUGAACGAGAGGAGGAUGAGUGUGAGUGUCUCUUAUGUGUCUGUGUCUGUGAACAGUGGUUUACUAGAUGACCGUUAUUUGUUGGAACAUCAUCGGAUGGACAUGUAAAAAAACAAUAAAUCAGAGUUGUUGUA